AUGAGCGGUGGCCUUGACGGCCAUGCCUCCGCCCGGCCCCUGGAUCCAGACAUCCCACACCGAGAUGGACUCCGGUGGAGGAUUCUUCCUUACCCCCCAGAGCCACUUGUCUAUCCAAUCGAGAGUCUUCUCCACCUCCUCGAGGCUCUUCUCAAUCUCCUCCGGGCUCCUCCCCAGCUCCUUUGGCCGCUGGCGCAAGCAGAUCGUAGCUUCCUGCCCCACGAAGAGAGGGGACAGGUUCCUGUACGAGAUCUUCAACACGUCGGUCACGGUGCGGCGUGGGCCGCGCACGGCGUGGUUGAGGGUCCGCAGCAUGAGGGCCAGGGUGAGCGGGCCGUGGACGAUGCCCUUCUCCCGGUCCAGGUGGAUGAAGUGCGCGUUGUUGGUCAGCGCCGAGAACUGGAACAGCUCCACCACGGCCUUGGACUCAUCUCCACGCCUGAAGACAUGCAUGCCGGCAAACGUCUCUCUGCAGGUCCAGACAUACGGGACGUUCCCCUCAGGCUGGUAGCACCGGACCUGCUGGGCCCAGUCAUCGGAGAAGGUCAGCGAGCCGCCCACCCACAGCCUCGUCGCCCCCGGCUUGGUCAGGUCAAACCCGCCAGGCACAUGCUGGCUCUCGGCGCCGUCCGGGGCCAGCUUUGA